UCUUCAUCUUCCUAACAUGCUCUCACCUGAAACAGAGUGUGGCUGAUAAUGGUGAACACUACCACCAUUGCAGCAGGUUCCGAUGAAUUACAAGUCGGUGGAUUCCAUGAAAUCCUUCACUCCAUGCUCCCACCUGAUUCCCCCGUUCAGCUCAAAUCCGUUCGCAUUGCAAUGGUGAGUGAGAUUGACAGAGAGGAGAAUCUGGUUUCGUUGAGGUACCCAAGCCUUCACUCUCUUCGCACUCACUUCACUAAUCCCAACUUCGGAAAACCCGAAGCCAAGAAGAUUCCAGCGCUCGACGAGAAAUGCGUUAUGGAUUUCAAUUCCGCCGUGAAAGCACUCUUCAGGAGAGUCCCGAUCCUCGAAUUCGUCGAAAAUAGAGAGUCGUGGGCUUUUUGGGCCUCGCCGGAAGAAAAGCCCAUUGCCACCGCCGGUGGAGGAGCAAAUAGUACAAUAGCAUGCAAGCAAGGUCGGUGCUGGUCUCACCUCAAGUUCACGGGAAUGCUUCAGUGGGGCCAACGACGCCACGUUCGCUUCUUGGGCCGCCAUGAGGCCCAAUUACGGCCCAAUCAACUUCAACUAGCUACCGUUGAUGACACGGAGGAGAACAAGAAGAGAAACGGAAGAGAUCAAGAAGACGAAGAAGAAGAAGAAGAAACGAAGACGAAGAAGAAGUUGACAACUCGUCAAUGCAAUGCGAUUGUUGUAACCACAAACGACGUCGUUUCGAAUCAUGCAUCGAACAGAAACACCAAAGCGAAAAACAAGCGCCGGAAAAUCGCUAUUGAUAGAUGGUCAGUUCAAAGGUAUAAGACUGCGGAGGAGAAUAUGUUGAGGGUCAUGAAGGAGAAGGGGGCAGUGUUUGGGAACCCAAUAAUGAGGGCAGAGCUGAGAUCAGAAGCAAGGAAGUACAUUGGGGACACUGGUUUAUUGGACCAUUUGCUCAAGCACAUGGCAGGCAAGGUGGCACCAGGCGGAACUGAGAGGUUCCGGCGGCGCCACAAUGCCGAGGGCGCCAUGGAGUAUUGGCUGGAGAGUGCUGAUCUCGUCGAUGUCCGGCGCCAAGCAGGGGUUCAGGACCCUUACUGGACUCCUCCUCCUGGUUGGAGCAUUGGUGAUAUUAUCAUUUCUCCACAUGAUCAUGUUCUUGCUGUUGCUCAACUCAAUGAGAUCAAGCAGGAAAUUCUUCAGUUGAAGCAGGAAAUGAGGGAGCUUGCAGCAAAGAAGGAAGAGGAAGCUUUGGUCACCACCCCUACUUCAUGCUUGUCCAAUUUACAAUCCGAGGAGAAUGCUUCCUUGGGUCCAAAGCAGGAGAUCUAUGUAGAGUUGGUGAAUAAGAAGGUUAAAAUUGAGGAACAACUGAAGGAAAUUUCCCUCACUUUGAGCACCAUGGCGGAGCAACUAGGGAUGCUGAAGGAACCAACAAUGUCAGAAUCAGCAAAUUCAGGGGAUGAUGCAGUGAUGCAAGAAAAAAGCACUGGAAAUAUGGAAAGCUUGAUAAGUGGCUUCCAAAUUUGCAAGCCAAAAGGGGUAUUUGUGUGGCCAAAUAGGGAUGUGUCUUCUCCAAAGGUUGAUUAUAUUGCCCCCAUUGAUGAAAACCAUCCAGCUUCCAAACCCAACACUGAACACUUGUCAAUGCCAAUGCUAAUGCCUAACCUUUAUUCCCAUGUUAAGCCAUUAGCAGAGAGACGCCCUUUGAGCAAUGCUACUUUGACCCAUGUCUUUGGGGCCUUUUCCCCUUGCUUUUCUCCACCAUUAGACACCCCAUGAUCCCAAAAAUUAUUAACCUUAUAAAGAAACCCAUGAUCUCACCCCUAGAGUAAUAUUGGCAAAGUCCCUAAUACACCACACAAUUUAUAUUUGAAGGAAAGAAAGCUCACCCUUUUUUUACUUUAGCAAAAUUGAGUUAAGAAACUACACUUUAUGGACAUUAGUACCAGGUGGUAAGUACUUGGUCUUACAUAAUUGAGUUUAUUAUUUGCUUGUAAAAAUGAUUACAACUAUAGUCAUACUUUAAAAUUAAACAAGCCAAUUUUGGGAUAAUCAGUGUAGCAAACAGGCUUUUCUUCCGGUGGUUACUUUGUUAAUUUCCCUCACCAAUUGUGCUGCUGGAUCAUGUUUUCUAUUUAGCUCGUGUUAAUUUUUCUAUAUAUAAAAACAGAGAAUCUUGC